GCGCUUGGACUGGGCGUCGCGACGCGCUUUCCCACCGUUCGCGUCCGCGUCUUCCUGCUGCAACAAGCACCGAAAGUUUCCCGAAGAGGACACCAGCCGGCGAGCGACACAAGGACAAAAUGAAGUGCUAACCCAUAAGGAUGCGAUGGUGUUAUGGAUGGCGAAAACCGUAUCAUUCUGAACGUUGGCGGCAUUCGCUAUGAGACCUACAAAGCUACUCUGAAGAAGAUUCCCGCCACCAGACUAAGUCGACUCACGGAGGCACUGGCUAACUACGAUCCCAUCCUCAACGAGUACUUUUUCGACAGACACCCGGGCGUUUUCGCCCAAAUUCUCAACUACUACCGGACUGGCAAGCUGCAUUAUCCGACAAAUGUGUGCGGGCCUUUGUUCGAGGAGGAGUUGGAGUUUUGGGGGUUGGAUUCCAACCAGGUGGAGCCCUGCUGCUGGAGCACGUACAGCGUCCACAGGGACACCCAGGCAACCCUCGCCAUUCUAGACAAGCUCGAUAUAGACACGGAGAGGCCCAGCGAUGAGGAGGUGGCCCGCAUGUUCGGCUACGAGGAGGCCUACUUCUCGGGGACGCUAACCACGUGGCAGAAGCUCAAGCCGAAGAUCUGGGCCCUGUUCGACGAACCGUAUUCCUCCUCCGCGGCAAAGGUACCGCCGACCAACGUACAACACCGAAAUAUCGUGGCAGGAGCUUCGGUGUUCUUCAUUUGUGCGUCGGUUUUGUCGUUUUGUUUGAAGACGCACCACGGGCUGAGGGUGGACUGCGACGCCGUGAGGAAGAACAUGACGGAGGAUGUGAACUGCACGGAUCCGCACCCGUAUUUUUUGACUGUUGAACAUAUCUGCAAUGCUUGGUUUACCUUCGAGUUUGCUGUGAGGUUGAUCGUUGCGCCAAAUGUGAUCGAAUUCAUCAAAUCGCCUGUGAAUAUUAUAGACUUCACUGCAACUUUGAGCUUCUACAUCGACAUGAUCUUGAUCUUCGAGAAGAAGUCUCAGUUGCUGGAUUUCUUCAGUAUUAUUAGGAUUUUGAGGCUGUUCAAGCUGACCAGACACUCGCCGGGGCUCAAGAUUUUGAUCCACACGUUCAAGGCGUCGGCCAAGGAGCUGGGUCUGCUGGUGUUUUUUCUCGUUCUGGGGAUUGUUGUGUUUGCGAGUCUUAUAUUUUACGCUGAGAAACUGGAGUACAAUCCGAAAAACAAUUUCAAGAGUAUUCCGGAAGGCCUGUGGUGGGCCAUCGUCACCAUGACUACCGUGGGUUAUGGGGAUAUGGCGCCGAAGACUUACGCUGGAAUGUUCGUGGGGGCUUUGUGCGCCCUCGCGGGAGUGUUGACGAUUGCACUUCCGGUUCCGGUGAUCGUUUCCAAUUUUUCCAUGUUCUAUUCCCACACCCAGGCCCGCUCCAAACUCCCGAAGAAGCGUCGAAGAGUCCUUCCAGUCGAGCAACCCCGUCGCAAAAAAGUAGAGAACGCCACAAAUCGAAGAAUGAACGCCAUCAAGCAUCACCAUCCGGCCGUAUUCAAAGACGCUUUCGGUGGCGCUAAAAUAGGAAAUGUUAAUGGUGUGAAUGUAAUAGGUCUAGCCCUGCAAGGGCCGUCUGUCCCAAGCAUUGCAGUGCUGCACCAUAACGGACCCUACAGUCUGGCAGGCGACAGCGAAGCCGACGCCUCCCUCGGCAGCAUCCUGCCCCUGCAGCCCCGCCCCGCCACCACGGGCAGCAUGGACAUGCUGCCCCUCCAGCCCCGCUUCCUGCCCACCUUCGACCGCGAGUCGCGCUCCGAGCCGCGCGACCUGCCCGCCAAGCCCGACUCGAGUCCACUCAAAACCACCGAGACUGAGAUCGGGCUGGCGAGCGUGCCGGCCAUGGCCAUCGGGAGCUCGACGGAGGUGCUGGUGAGCAUCGUGGAGAACCAGGCGGGGCUGCGGCGCAACUCCUUCCUCUUCAACAACAACCAGAAGUCGCCGGACUGCGACGUGGUCAAGUCGCCCAGCACGGAGAUGACGUGUUCGUCGGUGCAGUCGCCGCUGGUGGAGGGGCAGUGUCUGGAGGCGAUGGAGGCUAGCGAGAAGGACCGGAAAUAAUUUUUUCUCUGUGUGGAGAUGUGUAGUUGUUUGGAGGUGUUCUGGGGCGCAGGAACGGGUUUUGAGUGUGGCGCGAAAGUGGCGCAGUCGGUGGGAUUGGGUUUUGGGGUUUUGUGGUGGCCGUUCCUGCGCCCCCUCUCGGUCUAUCUUGAGUCCAUUUCGACCUCUCGAGCACAACCCCGCGAUUUCAUUUGUUUUUUCCCGGAAUCUAUCGGCACUCGAUUGGACGGGAUAGAUUGAUCGUCCCCUAUCAAGUCAAAUUUGGCUAUUUUGGGCCCAAGUCUCUGUUAAAUGUUUAUCAAUGUGUUUUUGUUGACAUCGUUCUAUAGAUGAGAGAGAUUACGUGGAAUGAUGGGUUCGGUAAAUCGGAUUUGACGGCUGACAUUUUACUGGAUCCAUUGGGUAGUAAUUUAUAACAAUAUGAUGCUCAUUGUAACGAUUAGUAGUAUAUUUUUAUAAUAACCUUUUUCAUUGUUGAUAUUAUAAUUAAUAAAAUGCUUUAUCAGUC